CACUUGAGUUGAUGCGCCGGAGCACAUGGGGCAACCGCCAGCCGGUUCCCCUCCUCUCGUGUUUCGUGUGCGCGCGUGUGUCUUGACCGCUUUCCUCGCGGAGCCUCUGGUUGUCAUGCCAACCCGGCUCUAAUCCGGAAGAGAGUAGAGCGGAGCCGAGUCGAGUUGAGGUGCCCAAGAUGGCGACGCAGGGGCCGAUGGCGAUAGCGAUGCGGUUGCGGAACCAGCUGCAGUCCGUGUAUAAGUUGGACCCGCUACGGAACGAGGAAGAAGUAAAGGUGAAAAUUAAAGACUUGAAUGAACACAUUGUGUGCUACCUGUGUGCUGGAUACUUCAUUGAUGCAACAACAAUUACAGAGUGUCUGCAUACAUUCUGCAAGAGUUGUAUUGUAAAAUACUUACAAACAAGCAAGUACUGCCCAAUGUGCAACAUCAAAAUACAUGAAACGCAGCCUCUAUUGAAUCUUAAGCUAGACAGAGUGAUGCAGGAUAUUGUCUACAAAUUGGUCCCAGGGUUACAGGAGAAUGAAGAGAAAAGAAUUAGAGAGUUCUAUCAAUCUCGAGGCUUAGAAAGAGUUAUUCAGCCAUCAAAUGAAGAUUCAAUACCAGACCCAGCAGGAUUACCUUACACCAGUUUUGAUCAUUCUAAGGCCCACUACUAUCGAUAUGAUGAACAGGUUUCUUUGUGUUUAGAAAGACAAAGUUCCUCAGUUGGCAAAGACAGAAGCAGAUUCACACUUCGGCAAAAGUAUGUCAGAUGUUCUGCCCGAGCAGAGAUUAGGCAUCUAAGGCGGGUUCUGUGUAACAAUCUAAAAGUAGAUCGACAUCAGAUCCAGAUAUUAUUUAAUAAUGAGUCGCUACCAGAACACAUGACCAUGAAACAGUUGUGGUUAUCACAUUGGUUUGGCAAGUCUCCUCCGUUAAUUCUUCAUUACAGUGUUAAAGAUAAGAGAGGAAGAUGAAUUCCUACCAGAUGGUUUCUUGAAGAACUUGAUCAAUUUUUCCCUUAAAUGAUUUUUAGCACAUGUAAAUACUCUGUAUUUUACAUAUUCUAUUUUAUCUAUGUUUGUAAAUAUGGAAAUGAG